GGACGCAGUGCGGGCGGCCGGGGCGACCUGUCAACGGCACCGUCUCCACCUCGGGACGCUUCUACUUCCCCGGCGAGCGCGUGGCCUACAAGUGCUUGGAAGGCUUCGUGCUCUUCGGGCCCGAGGAACGAACCUGCCUGAAGAACGGUUCCUGGAGCCAAGAUGUGCCCUUGUGUGACUUCAACCUGGCGAGGGGUAAGCGGGCCUUGCAGAGCGCUACCCUUUGGUCCUACGCCCCCGAGAUGGCCGUGGACGGAAAUGCAGACACUUGCUCCUUCACGCCACGCGGCCCCGACCCUCGCUGGUGGCAGGUCCAUCUAGGUCAUAAGUUCAACGUGCUGACCGUCGGUGUCACGAUUAGUCCAGGUUCGGUUCAGGAGUUCACCAUCUACGUUAUCGAGCUCCUGGCAGACAACAAGGCGCUCUACAAGCCGUGCACCACCUUUAAGGGCGUGUUCCAGACCCACAAGGCGCUGUUCCACUGUAACGACGGCUUGGGUCACCCCGGCCAGUUCGUCUACAUACGGGACGACCGGGCGGACCAGGAGUACUUCGGGCUGUGUGAGGUGGAGGUGUUCGCCUUCAGAGAGCGCAUCCCCUGUGGCGAGCCGGAGGUGCCAGUGGAGGGGGAGGUGGAGAGGGAGGGGGAGGGGCGGGCGCUCUACACCUGCCGGCCGGGGUUCAGGCUGGAGGGCGACGAUGUGCUUACCUGCUCCUCCAAGGGAAAGUGGCAAGGACAGGCCCCCAGGUGUAAAGAAUCCCAGUGCCCCGCCCCGCCCCAAAUCACCAACGGCUUCAUGGAGGUUGCCAACUUCCGGGGCGUGUAUGGGCAUGGCACAGUCGCCACCUACACCUGCAGCCCCGGGUACAAGAUGGAGGGCCCUGCCACGCGCACCUGUGACCACACCGGGGCAUGGACCAGCGACCCGCCCGUGUGUAAAGCUGUGACGUGCGGGCCUCCUCCUACCUUCCCCAACGCCCGCCACAUCCUCCUCAACUCCUCAACCAGCUGGAAUGGCAUCGCUGUCUACACCUGUAACGAUGGACACAGACUACACACAGACACCAAGGACACUGUGACGACCUGCCUGGAGGAGGGGGCGUGGCGGGACAUCAACGUGACCUGCGUACCCCUCAGCGCACCCUCCCCUCCCCUGGCUGGGCUGAGGGACGGUGAGGGGCGCGCACUGACCUUCGACCUCACCCAGCCGCCGCAACAGGGGGAAGGGGAGGGCACGCAGGGGCUGGUGGUGGCUCUGGCGGUGGUGGCGGGGCUCCUGACGGCGGCCAUGCUGGUGGUGGGGACGUUGUUAGCUCGACGGCACCUCUCCUCUACCUCCGGGUCCCUGCGGUCACUCGUCAAAACCACCCCCAGUAAGGAGUCGACCAUGAACGGGGGGAUUGUCGGACCCCAGCAAAACCAUUCCUUCUCCCACACCAGUAGUAGUGCGACCCUAGGCUCCCCCGACACUGAGGACCCCCCUUUGAGUGACUCCCUGCGGUCAUCCCUCUACCAGCAGAACCUCAUGAGUCUCCCCCUUCAGCCGCACUCCACGAUGACCUCAAUCACCGAGUCAGAGCUGGACGAUGACCCGAACUACGCGCACAUCGUCGGAGGGAAUGACCCGCCUUACGAGAGGGUCCGUAACCGCUCUGAACACAGCUACGAGACCCUACGAAAGAAGUCUCUGGGCUCGGAUCUGGAGAGCGACGCGGAGAGCACCAAAGAGGAACAGCAGGAUAAGGAAAGCAUCGGGUAUGAGUCUGUGGCGAAGGGGCGUGAGGCGGGAUAUGAGGUUGUCGAAGGGAAGCACCAUGACUAUGAGACUGUGAAGGAGAAGGAGCCGGGGUAUGAGGUGGUACGGGAGACUCAGGACCAUGGGUAUGAGACCGUCUCCGAGGCCGGGCCGAGACAACACAGCUACGAGACUUUGAAACCACGUCCUCCGCCUCCAAGAACAGAUAAAAAACCAGCCUCAGCGACCAUAUCCGUAUCCUCCCCUGCUCCCUCCCCUGACCCUGAGACAGUUCCUGAUAUCCUGCAGGACCUCACAGUACUCCAAGGGGCUCAGGAUAUCCCACCGGAGAUCCAGGCACUCUACGCUCGAGUGGAUAAAAGCAAAAAACGGAAAAAAGCGAAAGGAGUGGAAGAAGGUGAGGAAGGAAGACUGACUCCUCUCACUCCACCUCACUCCCCUCUCAGUCAUCAACUGUCCUCCUCCUCCAUCUCCUCCUCCACUAAAGAUGUCUUCCCACCAGAGAGGAGGGUAGAGGGAGGGUCAGGCCCCCCCAGUGCUACCAAAGAUCUCAUCCGUAAAUUCAACCGACUCAACAGUGAUGAGGAGAGUCACUCGUGCCCAAGGAGUCGACAGGGGAGUGUUGCCAGCGACUCGGGCAGCCUCAGACCCCUGCCCCCCCUCCCUGGCAACCCCCCGACACCUCCCUCCUCCUCUGGCUCCCCUCCUUCAUCCCUCUCCUCGGCUCCUCCUUCCUCCGCCUCUUCCUCACCCAUUCCUAGCUAGUCUUUUGCAUGCUAUUCCUCCUCCUCCUCCUUCUAUUCUUCAUCUCUCUCUUCUCCUUCCUCCUCUUCCUCCUCCUCCACACCCAGCUAGUUUUCUGCACCCUCUUCCACCUCCACCUCCCUUUCUUCAUGUUGCUCUUCCCCAUCCUCUUCCUCCUCCUCCUUCUUCCUCCUCCUUAUACACACCCAGCUAGUCUUCUAAUACAAUGUCACCAUUUGUGUGUUAGUCAAAGAAGUAGCAUUAUAUAUAUAUACCAUGAAUACCCUUCUAUUAUUAUGACUAUUAUUAUCACUAUACUCUUGUUACAAUCUGAAGAAAGUCAUAUGUUAAGGGAGAAUACUCAUAACACUACAAUGAAGUGCGUACCUAUAUAUACGUACCAUGCAAGCUAAUCAGAUGCAUUAUAUAGAUAGUCGUGUCGUGUGAGUCGUUAUGCAUCAUACAUCACCUAGAGUCUUAGCAGAUGUUAUUUUUGUACAUGAUACCUCAUUAAUGAAGAUAAGAAACUGUUGUAUAAUGAGAGUAAGGGAGAGAGAACGACACCCAACUGGAGACGUAGAUGAAGGGUUUGAAAUUGCAUGAAGGAAAUGAAGAAAAAAUCAAUGGUUAGGUUAUCUUUGUGUGUUAAAAAUGCAUGAAAUUGAACUAAAGGAGGACUGAUGGAAAAGAACUAUGUUGAAGAGAGAGAGAGAGAAAGAGAAUAACACCCAACUGGAGAGAUAGACAAAAGGUUUAAGAGAUGAAUGAAGGAAAUAAAGAAAAUAAUCAAUGGUUAGGUUAUCUUUGUGUGUUAGUAAUCCAUUGAAACUGAACUAAAGGGGGAUUAAUGAAAAAGAAAUAUAGAGGUGAGAGAGCUAGAGUAAUGCCCAACUGGAGAGAGAGACAAAAGGUUUAAAAGUUGAAUGAAGGAAAUACUCAACUGUUUGGUUAUGUUGUGUGUUAGAAAUGUAUUGAAACUGAGCUAAAUAAUGAAUGAAGAAAAGAGGAAAAUAUACAGUAGUGAAGAGAGAGAAAAGGAGAAAAAAAGAAAGGUAUAAAGCUGUUUGAAGAAAAUGCCUGGUUGUUGAAAUAUGUUUGAGUUAGAAAUCCAUUGAAAUUAAACUAAAUGAAGAUUGAUGAACGUAAAAAGAAAUAAAGUUGAGAGAGAGAAAGAUAUAAAACUGUUUGGAGAAAAUACCCAUUUAUGAAAAUAUGUUUGGCUGUUUGAAAUAUACAUUGAAAUCAAACUAAAUGAAGAUAGAGGAAGAAAAUGCAAGAAAUGAAAAAGAACGAAAAAAAAAAGUUAGGAGCGAGAGAGAAAGCAAAUGUUGUUGAAUUUUAUGUAUGUCAGAUAUACAUUGAAAUUAAACUGAAUACAUUAACAGUUAACUAAAGGAUACAACAAUUGUGCCUUAUAUAUUCAGGUUUCCAGUGUCUUGUCAUUUAAAGGAAGAAAAAAAUGGAAAAAUAUGAAUACUGAAAAAAAAAAAUGUAGAAAAAUAACAUCCUCAUUUUUUUUCAUCUGUACUAUAUAUUUUUGUACACCGGUUCAUGUAUAUCAAAACUGUAUAUUCGUGUAUAUUCAGCCUGUAGCCCUGUAUGGAUAAUUGUGAUAUAUUAGUAAUGUAUAAAAGUGUACAUAUUUAUUCCUCAUGUAAUUCAUUUAUUCUUUUUUUAUGGGCAAAUUUGAAGUGCAAUUUUUUCUCUAAGAUGGAAGAAAAUAAAAGUGAGAGGGAGUGUUUUUUUAAUUUUUUUUAUACUGUAUUAGUCCCCCUUGCCUCUCUUCCCCCUUCCCCUUCCCCUCCACAACCUCCACCUCAGACUUUCCAAUCCAUGUUUUAUUUCCUUCACCCUCUCUUUGCAAUCCCCCCCCCCAUCACAUCUCCAUCCCCUACUAUACUCUGCCACACUUCCCAUCCCUUCUAUAUUAAUUUUCAGCCUGUAUUUUUUUUCCAUUAUAUAUCCCCCAUCCAUUUCAAUCACCUCCUCCUCCACUUUCGGUUUUCAUACAUUCAUUUCUUCCACUCUUCCUCCUCCACUUUUGCUUUUUACACAUUCAUUUCCUCCACUUUUUCCACCACCUUCUCAACCGCUAUUACACAUUCAUUUUCUCCACUUCGUUGUCCUCCUCCUCCACUUCUACUACCAACACAACCAUUCUUUCUUAUUUUCCUAACUCCCUUCAACUCCACCUCCUACCCUCCAUUUCCUCCUCCUCCAUCCACUUCUGCUACUAAUUAACACAACCCAUUUAUUUCUUUAACUCCAUUUUUCUAUCCACCUAUCCACACUGCUCGUUUCUCUUCCACCUUCAUUCCCUUCAUAUCUACUACUACUACUACUACUACUACUACUACUACUACUACUACUAUCACCACCACCACCACCACUACUACUACUACUACUACUACUACUACUACUACUACUACAACUUCUGUACCACCAAAGCAUCAUAUAGCACUUCAUUGUAUCAAGACAUUGUACUAUAAUUAUAUCAUAUCUUCUGUAAUGUCAUUGUUUAUGUCUGUAUAAAAAAUGCACUUAAGUUAAUCUGUCUGUUUGUCAUGGAAAAUACGCCUCAUAAACAGUUUCACGACUA